AUGUCGGCAUCCGAUCUGCCAGACGAGCUGUGGGCGCGCGUCCUGGAGCUCGGCGCCGCCUCCGCCGCGCUGGGGUUCCGCGACCUCUGCUGCCUCGCCAUCGCCUCGCGCCGCCUCCGCCGCCUCUCCCUCCACCCGGCCCUCUGGUCGGGCCUCCUCUCCCGCGACUUCCCCUCCCAAUCCCAGCCCUCAUCCUUCCCCUCCUCCUCUUCGCAGCAGCAGCAGCCCGAUCCCAAAUCCCUCUACAGGACCAAGUUCGAGAGGCACAAGCUGCGGAUGGCGGAGGCGAGGCGGCGGGCCGUGUACGAGGCGGAGGGGAGGGUGGUGGCGUGCCGGAGGCGUCUCACGGAGCUGGAGGAGUCGAUGUGCGCCGAGGGGGAUAGGAUCAAGGCCACCGCGCAGGAGCUGGACAGCCUCGAGAGGGUCAGAAGAGCUUCGGUGGCAUUAAACGUGUGGCAACCACAAGUUGUUCAUGGGCGUCAGAAACAGUUGGUUCAGCAAUGCACUGUUCCUGUUGAUUCUCGUCUUAGUGCUCUACACAUGGAGCUGAAAGUUUGUAAGCAACAAAUAGCAACUUACAAGAAUGCUUACAACAAGGAGAAGCUCAAGUUGAACGAGUACGAGGAAGCAUUGAGACGAGCAAAAUAUCAUCCUAUGCAGAAUUGUAGUGAUACAAGCGCACCUGGAAAUGAGCCACAAGCAAAGAGGAAGAGACUGAAGUAA